AUGGCAAACGAUUUAGAUUUAAAGAAUAAUUUUGAAUGCAAAUUGAAUGAAAUGUUAGCCGAUUUGGAUAAUCAUGAUUUUUUACAAUCAUUUCCUACUCGUUCGAAUGUAAAAUAUGAUAUUUCAAUUCAAAAUCCAAGUCUUGCUAGUUUGAAGAAAAAAAUCGAUCAUUUCUUUCAACAGUAUCCAGCUAUUAUUAGUGACAUAAAAAAUCACUUUUACGAAGAUCUUAUCAUGUAUGCUGUUAAAUGUACAUUUGAUCCAUCAUUUACUAACGAUGAUAUUACUCGAACAAAUGAAUUGUUUAAUAAUUUUUUCAUUCAACAAGAAAAACAUAUCAAAAUCAUAUUUGAUCAUUUUUUUGAUGAUGUUAAACCACUCAUCUUAAAGAGUAAAUUUUCACAUUCCAAAGUAUUAUAUCAUUCGAUCAAUGUCGUACCAAAAUUUGUAGCACGUGAAGUGUCUAUAACUUGUUUGAAAAAAUUAGGAGCAUCAAUUUUAACAUCAUUCAUGUAUUCAAAUCAGACGAAUUCGGCUCAACAUCAAGAUGAAAGUUUGUUUAUACGAUCAUCACCAUUAACAUAUUCAUUUUUAAAUAAACGACUUCUAUGUACUAUGCUUGCUUUAUAUAUCUUUUUGAAGUGUUAA